AUGAAAAGGGACGUGGUUGACAGAUAUUUUGGAGAUCUGCACAAGACCAUAACUGAGUUGGGAUUACGAGAGAAGCCAGCACAGAUCUGGAACUGCGAUGAAACGGGCCUCACAUUCUGCCCGGAUGCUUCAAAGGUUCUGGCUGCAAAAGGAGCCCGGAAUGUAGAGGCCAGGUGCAGUCCGUCCAAAGACAACAUUACCACCUUGGUAUGUGUUAACGCCGCAGGUUCUGUCAUGCCCCCUAUGUGCGUCGUCAAGGGAAAAACGAACAGGUCCAUCCAUUCCUUUGCUAUCCAGGACAGCCCAGAAGGCACCAUUUGGGCCUAUCAAGAAAAUGGUUGGAUGAACGACGACAUAGGGGUGCAAUGGUUUCAACAAGUUUUCCUCCCCAACUGCGGAGACUCAAGGUCUCAAUUGUUGAUCCUAGACUCACAUCACAGCCAUGAGGUCCUGGAACUUCUCGAGAUGGCGAAGGAACAGUUGGUCCAUGUUUUGGCUCUCCCCCCUCACACCACACAUAUGCUCCAACCUCUGGACCGGGUGGUAUUUAAACCAUUCAAGACAGCCUACAGACGCCACUGCAUAGAAUUUUUAACUGCCAAUCCAGGGAAAACCAUAAAUAAAGUGACAUGGCCAAGCCUUCUUUCCAAAACCUGGAUGUCAACUUUGAAGCCAGAGUUAAUACAAAAGGCUUUCGAAGCUACUGGAAUCCACCCUGUAGACAGGACAAGAAUACCUGAAUCGGCUUUCUUGCCAGGAGAUGCUUAUAGGGCUGCAGUUGCAACAGCAUCAUUGUCAUCAACAGAAUCAGAACCUGUAGUCGCAACAGCAUCAUCGUCAUCAACAGAAUCUGAACCUGGAUCUGAACCUGCAGCAACGCCAACACCAUGUCCCAUGGAAGUGGAAGAGUAA